CCAGAAUACCUGUGGGGUCUUUAUCUGGACAGAAUGAACUCUAACACAGGUACAAAUCGACUUUAAAAAAAAAACAAAAUAACUACAGUUUUGUUGUUGAAAGUAAGUGUCUGUUCAUUUUUCGUCUUUUUUAUUUUGGAAGAGAUUGAAUUGAAGUCGUCUGACUGGGACAGGAUGCUGACAUGGGGAAAUCAGGAAUCAAUAUGGCCGUUGUCCUGUUCUGCCCUGCGAGCCGUUCCAAGCUCCAGAAUAAAAGCUCUGUCUCAGAACAAGAAAGAUUUCUCCUCUCUGCAGAUUGAGCUCAGAAGAGAGAAAGAGGAGGAGAGGAGGAAGACGAUGAAGGUCUCCCACCCGUCUCAAACAUUGCAGUAUGAGGAAAUCAUCCGUCUGGCAACUCCCAAAUUCAGAGGACCAAGCUCCCAGGAAGUGAGUUCUUCACACACAGAAUUGUGCGAGCAUGACUGUCCAAUCUGGCACGUGAAGUCCUGCGUAAGGAACGUGGUCAUCUCACCUCGACUGCUUCAGCUGUCCCGUCCCAAACCCCCUCACCCCGACUUCACCUGCGAAAGACAGGUUUCCAGAGGAGCGAGAAAUGCCACAGCAAGCGCUCUGAUCCGAGGUCUGUCUGCUCCUAAAGCUCUUUCUAAAGACUACAUCCCCCCCAGAGAACCCACCUGGAGACCCUGAGGAGAUUUGAUCCGUCUCUCUCUGUGUUUUUGUCUCUUCUGGAUUUGUAAUCACUGUCUCAGUUUUUGUCUCAGGACUGUGAAUGAAAUGAAAGUAUUACAUGCAUGCCAAACCGCCGGUCCCUGAAGCACCUCAGAGUUUUGUGUUUUAAUGCUUGUAGACCUCAGGUUUCACAACAUUGUGUGAGAAUCUCACAUCAUCAGCAUCUGUUUUAUCAAUCACAGGUAUUCUGAAACUCGUGCUUGUGUUUUUGGGUAUCAUUAUUCACUAAUAUUAC